AUGACUGACCGUCGAUCGGACGAACCCGUUGCUCGAAAUCCGCGGAUUCGCGUCACACGCGCAUUUUCACAGAUUCAAGAGCCAUCGACAAUGCAACAGGUCCAGGAAAUACUAGUGGGGUCUCCACCUACCAAGACAAUCGACGUACGGAAACUCGUGUCACCUACACGUCCACAUGUCGCGACGGACGUGACACCAUUGGUCGUGCCGCCGACGUCGCCUGCGUCACUGAUGCGACCGAUGUCGUAUUCAGCACCGACACCACGAACGAUAUGUAAACCGUUCAUUGAAAGCAGUGAUAACAGCACUGUCACUGGCAAUCCAGUGCGUUGUGGACCAUCGGGUCUGCCUCCACGUGUUACCAGUGUCGGACGAGAUGACGUGUCGGAAAAACGACGCAACGUCAGCAUUGGACUGACAGAUGAAGCAACAGCACUUCGAUGUACUCUUAGUCUUAAUCAUAGGGAAACAGUAGCGGAACCUCGACGCAAUUCCAGUGAAUGGGCAGAUACAGCGGCGCGAUUGAGUCGACGAGUGCAGGAACUUGAGCUGGAGAAUUUUCGGCUGAAAAACGGUCAAGAAAAAUCUCCGACAUCGUUUGCACUUGAAGAAAUGCGUGCGGAACGAUUAACGAGGUCGGAGAUGGGAAAUGCAUUCUCAGACGUCAAGCAGCAGCAAAGAGGAAGGUUAAAUAAGUCGCAGAGUUGUGCAAAUGGCUUUGAGGUUACUGGACUGACAGUGGCUGAAGCUGCGGCAGCAUCCCGCCGCACACGCACGAGACGCUUGGCAUCAGCUGCUAAUGCUACUGAAGCCGCGGUCAAACUGCGAUCGGGGUACUGGAAUGGAACAAAUAAUGCCAAGAGUAGCUUUAGCUGCAACAAUUUGUCAGACCUGGAGCAGCCUGAGUUUGUGCUUGAGAAAUCACGCACGUCUUACCCUCUCGCCGUUCCGGCAUCCACUAAUGCUAACGGUGGUAACGCAACUGCCGCGGCAGUGUCGGCCACAGUAAGUGCGCAUGAGGCCUCUUGCAAGAGCGAAUCGCUUCAGGGAUCGAGCUCGGAAACUGAAGAAGACGUCGUUAGUGUGCGUAAACAGCAUUUUUCACUUCAGAAGUCACGGAACACUCCAACUGUCAUGGCCCAGCAAAACACAUUGUCUGCUGAUUUGAGGUUGGAUAAAAGCUUAAACGAGACUGAAAAUCGUAUAACAUCACCUCGUUCGUACUUUGAGGCUGGACUACGGACAGGUAGCUUUUCAUUGGGCUCCAAAGCCUCGACUGCUUUGAAACCAGGAAAGCGAACGAAUGCAGGAGACGUACGCAUGUGGGUGGGCACGUGGAAUAUGGGCGCAGCAGACCCGUUUGAAGAUGGAAAAGGCAUCAUCGAUGAGCAGCGCUCGGCGACAAUGCUGCAGAACUUUCUGCCGCAUGGCUAUCAGCUGUAUGUGCUUGGAGUACAGGAGGGCGUGUCGGAGAAUGUUUAUCACGCCGUGGAGGCGUAUUUGAACCGCAAUGGGCAGGGAACCCGCUACUAUCGCAUGGAGCUCAAGAAUGGAAAUUUUAUGGUGAAUCACAAGAACCAGCCUCCUGAUGCAAUUAUUGAUGCUGUACACGGCCGUGGCGACGGAGCCUUCGUCGGUACCAAAUUUACGGGCAUGGCUGUGUUUUAUUGCGUUAACAUUGAGGACAAGAUCAAGCUAAUUCGAGCAGGUGCACACAAGUUUAAACUUACAAGUGGGUCAAAGGGUGGUGUGGCUGUGGCCCUUAUGAUCAACCACACGACCAUUGUGUUCGUGAACUGCCAUUUGGACGCGCGAAACGAUACGUACCGUCGCGAACAGAUUAGGAAUUUGAACGCCAGUCUUGGUCGAAUAAUGGGUCAUUAUAGCUUUGACCUUACAGAGCAAUUUCAUCACGUCGUGUGGAUGGGAGAUUUGAACUACCGAAUUGUGUUUCUGGACCCGCAGAUGGUACUCCACAUGCUCGAGGAAGGGCGAAACCUUGAGUUACACGACAAGUUUGACGGUCUUCUGAAUGAUCGCCGCAACGGUGGAGUCUUCGAAGGCUUCACGGAGCCGCACAAGUUUCCAGACUUUUACCCGACGUACAAGAAGUUCCCGAAGCGUGGAUACGUGAAUGAGAAGCUGCCGUUGUGGCCAUCGCUCGUUUGGCGUGUGCUUUACAAAGAACCAUUUUAUAAGGGCGGCAAGGUGAAAAAGCGUGUGCCUGGAUGGUGUGAUCGUAUCUUGAUUCACUCACUUCUCGUUGGCGAUUCAAAACUGAUCCCGGAAAAGGUGCAGGAUCCGACUUCUCUUGAGGGUAGUCCACGAUAUAUUGACAACUACCGCUCUGUGAACCAUGGCGAUGGAAUGGACGUCAGUGACCACAGUCCUGUCUACGGCACCUUUGUGCUAGGUUUCCCACACCAUGGCCGUGACGUAUUUACGUCGGAAUCUUCUCGAAAGCUACAGCAGCGCAGCUCGCGAUCCCUUUCCACGAUUUGCAAUACUGCCGGAGACAAAUAUUCGAACUCGGUGAGUGGCAGCUAUUUCGACCAGGCUCGCGUGGUUCGACAGAUGAAAGCACAGAAGCGUCUUGUGUCAACCGUUUUGCGGGUGUUCAACAUGGAGCUCAGCUGGAAUGACAACGUGGUGGUGCCCAAAAAGACUCGAAUAGUUGCGCCAUUAGUCGGGGAGGAUGCAAAGCAGUGUGAUGUCAUCGGUGAGCGAUGCCAAGGAUCGAAUGGUCUUAAUCUGUCGCUCAACGCCGUGAUUCAACACACUCGACCGCUUGAGCAGUUGCAUAUGCUUGUAUGGGUGAGAAACGAAUCAAUUAACGGCCACUGCACUCUCUCGCUGAAACGUAUCGCGUGUCAGGAAGAGGGAGGUGAGGUCAGGUUCCGCGUACCGCUUUACAACGAUUCCAUGCGAGUACACCUUGACGGACAUCCUUUGCUCGUGGUUUUCUCAGUGCGAAGCAAAACAUUUGCCAAAUGA